CGAUCGCUCCCAUUCGAACCUCCACGCGCCCGCGAUCCGGCCGCGGGGUCCUGAAGAUGGCUGCUCUCAAACUCCUCUCGUCCGGCCUGCGGCUCUGGGUCUCGGCCCGCGGCUCCGGGGGCGCCUGGUCCAAGGGAUGUGUUUGCUACUUUUCAACCAGCAAUCGCCAUCAAACUAAAUUUUAUUCAGAUCCAGUGGAGGCCAUAAAAGACAUCCCGGAUGGUGCAACCAUACUGGUUGGUGGUUUUGGGCUAUGCGGCAUUCCAGAGAACCUUAUAGGAGCUUUACUGAAGACAGGCGUGAAAGGGCUCACUGCAGUCAGCAACAAUGCAGGGGUUGACAACUUUGGCCUGGGCCUUUUACUUCAAUCCAAGCAGAUAAAACGCAUGAUUUCUUCAUAUGUGGGAGAAAAUGCAGAAUUUGAACGUCAAUACUUAGCUGGUGAAUUAGAAGUAGAGCUGACACCUCAGGGCACACUUGCAGAGAGGAUUCGUGCAGGUGGGGCUGGAGUUCCUGCAUUUUACACCAGCACAGGGUAUGGGACCUUGAUACAAGAAGGAGGGUCACCAAUCAAAUACAACAAAGAUGGCAGUGUCGCCAUUGCCAGCAAGCCAAGAGAGGUGAGGGCGUUCAACGGUCAGCACUUUAUUUUGGAGGAAGCAAUUACAGGGGAUUUUGCUCUGGUGAAAGCCUGGAAGGCCGACCAAGCCGGAAAUGUGGUUUUCAGACCACCCUCAAGGAACUACAACAGUGAUUGGUUCUCGGCAUCGUCAACAUUUUUGGUUGAAGUUGAAGAAAUUGUGGGCAUUGGCGCCUUUGCUCCAGAAGACAUCCAUAUUCCCAAGAUCUAUGUGCAUCGCCUUAUAAAAGGAGAAGCAUAUGAGAAAAGAAUUGAGCGUCUUUCAAUCCGGAAAGAGGAAGACGGAAAAACCAAAUCUGGCAAAGCUGGAGAUAACACAAGGGAACGUAUUAUCAAGCGGGCAGCUCUGGAAUUUGAAGACGGCAUGUUUGCGAAUCUGGGCAUAGGAAUCCCUCUCUUAGCCAGCAACUUUAUCAAUCCAAACAUGACUGUGCAUCUUCAAAGUGAAAAUGGAGUCCUGGGUUUGGGUCCAUAUCCAUUGAAAACUGAAGUUGAUGCAGAUCUCAUCAAUGCAGGCAAGGAAACAGUUACUGUUCUUCCAGGAGCCUCUUACUUCUCCAGCGAUGAAUCAUUUGCAAUGAUUAGAGGGGGCCAUGUCGAUUUAACAAUGCUGGGCGCAAUGCAGGUUUCCAAAUAUGGGGACCUGGCUAACUGGAUGAUACCUGGGAAGAUGGUGAAGGGAAUGGGCGGUGCUAUGGAUUUAGUGUCCAGCCCCAAAACCAAAGUGGUGGUCACCAUGGAGCAUUCUGCAAAGGGAAAUGCACAUAAAAUCAUGGAGAAGUGCACAUUGCCGCUGACCGGAAAACAAUGUGUCAACCGCAUCAUUACUGAAAAGGCCGUGUUUGAUGUGGACAAGAAGAACGGGCUGACGCUGAUUGAGCUCUGGGAAGGCCUGACGGUGGAUGACAUCAAGAAGAGCACUGGCUGUGACUUUGCGGUUUCACCAAAGCUCAUGCCAAUGCAGCAGAUCACAGCGUGAAACGUACCACAGACCUUUGUCCCAGGAUGUGUGCUGCUGUUUCCUCCCCACUUUAACCACAUCGCAUGCAGUUGAAAGGACAUCAGCAAUCACAUCUGUCUAAUUCACAAGCCAUUUUUGACUAGUUGUCUUCUAAUAUCUCCGGCAUUAUAGGCUUUGUUCUUGCAAAUAUGCUACCGCAUUUUAAGGGAUAACUUAUAAAGUUUUCUCCUUGUGUAAGUGUUGUUGAGAAGGCUCUCUUAAUAAUUGGUGUUCCCACUGAAUGUGUUUUCACCUUUUGUGGUCCACAAUUAAAUCAUAAGCAAUUUUGUCAAUA